AUGAUAUAUUAUUUGGUGUUGUACUGUAUUUCCGUGUGCGUUGGAGCUAUGCCUACCGUGGUAAAUUAUGUGGAAUCAAAUGAGAAUGAAGUCCAUUCAUACAACUUUCCAUUUGUGAGCCGUGCACAAUGGCGGGCGCGGGACCCAGUGAAGACGAAUCCAUUGAACACGCCAGUCCCAUACGUGGUGAUCCAUCACUCCUACAUUCCACCAGCGUGUUACGACCGGGAGAAGUGCUGCGCAGCCAUGAGAGGCAUGCAGAACUUCCAUAUCGAUGACCACGGCUGGUGGGAUAUUGGAUACCAUUUUGCUGUCGGUAGCGAUGGUGCGGCAUACGAGGGGCGGGGCUGGGAGACACUGGGUGCGCACGCGUUACACUUCAACUCAGUCAGCAUUGGCAUCUGUCUCAUUGGAGAUUGGAGAUACGAGGUACCACCAGCGCAGCAAAGAAAGACUGCCAUGGCAUUAAUAGCAGCUGGAGUGGAACUUGGCUACAUCAAAUCAGACUACAAACUCCUUGGUCAUCGCCAAGUUAGAGCCACAGAGUGCCCAGGUGACGCUCUCUUCAAUGAGAUUAAGACUUGGGAUCACUUCUCACCGUACCCGAGUUCUCAUUUGGAUCUCCUUGAUAUCAAAGAGAUCCCGGAGUGGGUAAAAGAUACUAUUAGGGGAAAGAACGCCACGAUGCAUGAUAUUCCUUCGUAG